GUUGCCGCCCGUUGCCCGGGGCCCCUGCCCAGGGGUAGAUUGCCGCCUGUUGCCCGAAGCCCCUGCCCAGUGGUAGGUUGCCGCCUGUUGCCCAAGACCCUGCCCAGGGGUAGAUUGCCGCCUGUUGCCCGAGGCCCCUGCCCAGUGGUAGGUUGCUGCCUGUUGCCCGAGGCCCCUGCCCAGUGGUAGGUUGCUGCCUGUUGCCGCCUGUUGCC